AUGCACCAGAAAUUGCGGCGAAUGUGCCCGGCAUUGGUCAAUAGAAAAGGUCCAAUUCUUCUCCACGACAACGCUCGUCCGCACGUCGCACAACCGACCCUGCAAAGGCUGAACAAACUGCGCUACAAAACUUUGCCUCACCCGCCAUAUUCGCCGGACCUUUCGCCUACCGGCUAUCACUUUUUCAAGCACCUCGACAACUUUCUCCGGGAGAAAUGCUUCAAAACUCAAGACAAUGCCAAAAACGCCUUCGCCGACUUUAUCGCCUCCAGAAGCCCGAACUUCUAUGCUAACGACAUAAAUCAAAUUGUUUCUCGUUGGCAAGAAUGUGUUAAUUGUAAUGGUUCUUAUUUCGAU